AUGGCGUUUUUAUUACAUGUUGAAUUCGAUGCAAGUUCAGAAUCAACAGCUACAAAUAUGCUUGAACGGUUAGCUGGUAUGGCUAAUAUUGUUCAUCGUGAUCAUCCAGGAGUAUAUACAUAUAUAUUUCGACAUUCAAAUGAAGCAAAGACAAAACUUAUUUUUACUGAAAUAUAUGCUAAUGAACAAGUCUUUCUCGAACAUUCAGGUGAUCCAGAAUUUACAAAACUUUAUCAACAAGCUUUUAAUGCUACAUCAGGUAAAAGUCGAAAAGAAUUAUGCAUUAGAAAUGAUAUCAACAUUCCAUUAUCAUCAAUAACUGCAAAUAUACUCGAUAAUUAUUUACAUGUUACUUAUAUUCCUCUUCAAGAAGGCUUUUUUUAUCGAAAUUUAACUGACAAAGGAAAUGAACAAGUUCUUAUCGUAUGUACAGGCUGCGAUAAAAAUGUUUAUGAACAAUUGAAUGUACUUGUUAGUUGUGCAACAUGUGUAACGUUUGAAGAAUCUAAUGGAAGUCGACAAUUAAUUGCUGUUGUGGUACAAAUUUCACAUGAGCAAAAAUCAAUUACAGAUAAUAAACCAUCAAUAGAUACCGUAGAAUUAGUUUGUUCACAACAGGAAACAAUCGACAAAUUUAAAGAUAUGAUAAAUAAAUAUUUUCAAGUUCAAUCUUUACAUAUUCAAACAAAUUUUAGUGGUUAUAUUCAUCAUGAAUCUUUGCAAUCGAAUUGA